GGAAUGGGUAUGUAGCACUCCAGAUCUGCCACCUAUGGAAACUUUGUGGCAGGAGAUGAAAAAGGUUCUACGACAACAUCCUGCUCGUACAAUCACCGAACUGAGACAAAAGAUUCAAGAAAUAUGGGAUUGUUUUACACCAAAUGUUUGCCAAAACUUGGUUAAUACUAUGCCCCAAAGAAUUUCAGCCGUUUAGUGAUUUCAAAUAUGUAUUUUUUA